AUGGUAUUGCAGACUCAAAUUGAAAGGGAAUGUUCGACCGAUACAGGACGCACCGAAUUGGAGGAACUGUAUGUAGAAAUAAAGGUUUGCAUUACAGAGCAACUCACGGAGGAUAUACACGAAUCAACAUUCGCUGCGGUAUCUGGGCCCACAUUCUUAUCGUCGGCCAAGCUGCCCAGACUUGCGUUACCUACAUUUGAUGGCAAUUAUGCGGACUACAAGAAUUUUAGUGCGCUAUUCAACCAAAUGGUGGAUCAACAGAACAGCUUAUCAAACAUCGAGAAGUUUAAUCAACUGAUCAGCUGCUUAAAGGGACCAGCAUUAGAAACGGUCAAACGGCACAUGCGAAUCUGUAGCGUUGGUGAGUCACACACAUACAUCAAGUUUGGCACUUCGGCCACAAUCAAAUCACGCUUGGAGGAUUUCAAGAUGCCCAUUGAUUUCUGCGUAACGUCACACAUUGCCUAUCAGCCGGAAUCGGACAUCGACACUUCAUCAGGGAACAUACCGAAGAACACACCUUUAGCUGAUGAGAAGUUUCACAAAACUCGUCAUAUCGAUUUACUUAUUGGCACCGAAACAUUUUUUGAAAUUCUUGCAGUGGGACAAAUCAAAUUGGGUCCCAACCUUCCUAUGCUUCAGAAAACGUUACUUGGAUGGAUUGUGUCUGGACGCUAUAAGGGAGGACAGCAACAGACGCACUGCUACUCGCUCUCACAGGAGGAGUCAAUAAACAACAAUUUGGAACGACUCUGGCGUAUCGAGGAUUUGAGUAAACCAAUCGACAAGUUCAUACCUGAGCAUGACACAGUAGAAGGCCUGCAACAACUCAAGGCAGAGGUCAUCGAAGUACUUGGCAAGGGCAAAUUUGAAUUAGCAAAAUGGCAUUCGAAUCAUCCGGACUUUGUCGACGACAGCACGUUCAAAGAUUUGAAUCUAGAAGAUGGCUCAGUUACUAGCACAUUGGGCUUAGCAUGGAACCAACGUCUGGGUGUGUUGCUAUUUGCCUUUCGACCCAAAUGCUCCGUUGAUGCAAUCACCAAGAGGACAAUUUUAUCUGUGGCAUCUUCACUUUUUGAUCCAUUGGGAUUGGUAGCGCCAAUCAUUGUGACAGCAAAGAUCAUUCUACAGGAACUGUGGAUAGUCAAAUUACAAUGGGAUGAGUCUGUGCCGCAAAACCUUUAUUUAGCUUGGAAAUCGUUUGCUGCAUCACUUACUUCACUGGAGUCGCUGAAAAUACCUCGAUUCUGUAUGCAGCCGAACACCAAGGAGUUGCAGUUGCAUGGAUUCUGUGACGCUUCCAUACGUGCAUAUGGAUGCUGCAUUUACGCAUGCACAGUUGCAGCGGACGGCGAGGUUCAAGUUCACCUGAUCACGUCAAAGUGCAAAGUAGCACCAACUCGUAAGUUAUCGCUACCAAAACUGGAACUCGCUGCUUCUCACCUACUGGCCCAACUCUACGUGAAAAUCAAGGGGAUUUUCACAUCGAAACAAACCUAUCUGUGGAGCGACUCGUCGAUAGUUCUUCAUUGGAUACAGCAACAUUCGUCGACACUAUCAACCUUUGUUGGAAACCGCGUUUCUGACAUACAAGAAGCUACACCGGACUGUCAUUGGAGACAUGUCCCAACUAAAUUGAAUCCCGCCGAUCUGGUCUCGAGGGGGUGUACACCCAUCGAAUUGAACGAAUCAAUCUGGUUUAUGGGGCCGGCGUAUCUAAAGCUGAGCUCACACACUUGGCCAAGAGACAAACAUCAUGAACCAGAUCCUGAGAUUGUAGCACUUGAGAUGCGCAAGUCAGCUUUCAAGGCUACGACGGAUAUCAACUACCUACUCGACACACUCAGAAACAUAAGUUCGCAUCGUCGUUGUUUGCGAAUUGUUGCUUGGAUGCUGCGCUUUAUACACGCGCUUCGGAAACCCGUUGAGCUGUCUACGCCCUCGCCAUCACCUCAAGAGAUACAGCGUGCAUUUAAUUGCAUUAUUUGGAAUCUGCAGCAGCAACACUUCGCAGAUGAAAUUAACGCUUUGAACAAAAAUAGGCAAAUAUCAAGUCAUAAAAAAUUUCCAAAUCCAUUUUUACAGAUUACAGACGGAUAUCAACUAUUGAAGGUUGGCGACCGUCUCGAAUUGGCAAAUGCACCGGAGGUUCAGAAACAUCCAAUCAUACUUCCCAGCAAAGAUGAUUUUGUUCGUCACUACGUGCAGUUUCUUCAUGUGCAACACUAUCAUGCUGGCUCAAAGGCACUUGUCGCACUAAUUCGUCUGCAAUUCUGGAUCAUAAAUGCUCGAGACCUGGCUCGCUCUAUUGUCAGAAGACCUUUCGCUCACUGUGGAGUUGACUUUUGUGGACCAGUCAACGUCUAUCUCCGCAUUCAGGGCAAGGCUCCUCGUAAGGCCUACAUUGCCAUAUUUGUAUGCUUCGCCACCAAGGCUGUGCAUAUCGAAGUGGUAUCUGACCUUUCAACGGAUGCUUUCUUAGCCGCGUUGAGGCGCAUGAUUGCACGACGAGGAUUGCCUGUGGAUAUAUUUUGCGACAAUGCCACGAAUUUCACUGGAGCAAGCAAUCAAUUAAAGGAACUGCGAACCUACUUCUUCAAGCAAGAAAAUCAACAAGCACCACACUUUGGCGGCCUCUGGGAAGCCGCAGUUAAAAGCGCCAAGGGGCUUAUGACGCGCAGCCUUAUGAACGCCCGCUGCACGUUUGAGGAAUUGGACGCAAUCACAGCAGAAGUAGAAGCCAUCCUCAACUCACGCCCACUCACACCACUAUCAUCAGAUCCAAGCGACUUGAGUGCUCUGACACCUGGUCACUUUCUAGUUGGAGACUCCCUGCGAGCAUUGCCUGAACACAAUAUAGAAGAUGAACAGUUGAAAUCUUUGGAUCGCUGGCGUUGGAUAACUGGUAUCAAACAAUAUUUUUGGCGACGCUGGUUGACUGACUACUUCAAUGAGCUGAACGUGCGCCACAAGUGGACCAAACCAUCACCCAGUAUCUCUAUCGGGGACAUGGUUCUCAUACAUGAAGACAACGUACCUUCUCAGAAGUGGAUAAUGGGUCGCAUUACAGCUACAAUUCCUGGACGAGAUCAACGACGUGCAAAGCUGUUCGCCCUGAUAGCGUUGAGACGCGCAGGCGCGUGUGAAUUCCGCUCCACGGCUUCGGCGACCAAGUACUCCAGUGGUACCAUACCAGCUAUGACGAGCGCCGCGUCAUCGGAGAUAGUCCUGAUAGCGCAGCAGGCUCUGAUUGCGCUUAGUCUGUAG